AUGAUUCCCAAUUCUAGGUUAACAUCAGAAUCUUUCGAGAACUUAGAGAGUCUUCAACCUGAAGAGUCAUCCACCCUAGGUAGAUUCCCAUCGUCAUCCGUCACCUUUAGCCAGACGUCCACCAUACAAGACGAGUCUCAGCCGUUUACAGAGCUACACCUGGGCAAGAUUGAGAAAAUAUUUGAGGACAACAUAAACUCGACUGGAGCCCUGGACAAGAUGGCUUUCAUUAAAGCCAUGAGGAACAAUCUGAGCAAUGUGUCAGAUGAUAUGCUAGAGGCGCUGUUUUUGAAGAUGGACACAGACGGCACUGGCUUAAUCACCUGGUCGAACUGUGUGGAUUAUAUGAUGCACGAGUUCCAGGGAAAGGAGUUGAUGAGGAAGAGCCAGUACCACCUGCACUUCCACCUGCCCAUGAAGAUCAUCCCCAUGAAUCACGGGUGUGAGGUUGUGAAAGUGGAGUUUUUAAUGCAGCGGUUCAAGAAGAUUGGGCAUUUUCUGACUGUCACUAAGGACGGGAACCUGCAGUUCUGGUCAGAGUCCUUCUCUCUGAUCAGCUCCUUUAAGCUUAACCAGAUACAGCCGCUCUACAACCAGCAGAUGUGGGUCAUCGACAUGGUAUGUCUCCACAACAUGAACCUAGUUGCGAUUGCGUCCACUGACCAGAAGAUAGAGUUCUUUGAUGUUAGUAAUCGUAACUGUACCCGGGCCUUCACCUUCAUCGAUCUGGACAGCUGCCCUCUGGUUAUGGACUACUGGUCUGACUAUCACAGAGGCGUGUUCUGCUUCGGAGACACCAAAGGCAACGUCAUCGUCUUCACCUCCGACAAUGUGGCCAAUGGGCUGUUCAACCCCCGAAUCCUCCCCAGGACCUCCAAGUGGGAUCACUGGACCAAUAUUUCCACACAGAAGCUCUUAAACGAGAAGUCCCCUUUGUAUAAAAGUUACCGACUGAAGGCUCUCCAUCGCAACUGGUGUCAGCAGGUCAGGUUCAUCCCCGAGAUGAACCUGGUGGCCUCCUGUUCAGCCAUCAGUAAGUCCUCUUUGGUGCUGACAGUAUUGCCAUCCAAAGCCUCCGAGACCACCAGGUCUUCGGUGCUGAAUGUAAGAAAAGGAAUUCUUUGCUUUGAUUACUGCGCAGAGAAGAACUUCCUGGUGACUGGUGGCUAUAACCCCCAUAUCCACCUGUGGAGCCCUCACUACUCGAAAAAGCCUGUGUGGCUGUUGAAGGGGCAUCAGACCUCGGUGACGCACGUCCUGGUGAACACCAAGAACAACAACAUCCUCAUCAGCAUCUCCAAGGACAAGAAUAUCCGCGUGUGGGACCUGCAGGAAUAUGUAUGCCUCCAGUCCUUAUGUGGGAGGCUUUUUGCCCUGGGAAACUGUCCCAUCACCAGCAUCUACCUCCGGGAGAAUGACAACACCCUCAUCUGCAGCACCUAUUCAGUGAGUGCCGUGCAGGGGGGAGGCGGCAUCGUGGCUGCACAUAGAGGGACCACGACUUACAGCGCGCCCCUGUGUGCUGUCCUCUACAGCAAGGUUUUUAAGCAGGUGGUGAGUGGCUGUGUGACCGGCGUGGUGAGUGUGUGGGAGAUCGUCACAGGCAAGAGGAUGAUGGAGUUCUCUGUGAGUCGUGACCAGCAAAUGGAGCUGACUGCCAUGUCCCUGGAUGAGCCCGAGCGGUGCCUGCUCACGGGUUCACGUGACGGCACCGUAAAGAUGUGGAACUACAGCACGGGGGAGUCCCUGCUCACCUUCCCCAACCCCGACCAGCUGGAGAUUAGUGGGAUUAUCCAUAUGAAUAACGUGUUCUACGUGACCGGGUGGAAUAAGAGAAUCACCUGUUACAAGUUCCACAAGACCAAGUCGGUGCUCUUGUGCAACCACUGGCAGACCUUCCACACCGAGGACAUCCUGAGUGUGUCCAAGUACCAGAACCAGUUCCUCGGGACCUCCUCCUACAACGGGGACAUCCUCUUCUGGAACGUCAAUAUGCUCAAGCCCAUCCUCAAAUUCAACGCCUCUCAGAGCCCCUCACCCUUGCUGCCUAAGAGGGUGCAAAGAGACCGCGAGAGCUUAAUCGAGGGCCAAAGGACCAGCAAUCCCUGUGUGGAGCCAAAGAAGUGGGCACGCAGAUCCUCCGUGUAUCCUCUGGACCACAGCACCAAGCCUGGGUCCAACACCAAACUGAGGCAGAGCCUGGUGUCAGCCCCCCCUGUGAUGAGACACCCCAGCACCAAGGAGUCAGAGGAGCCUGAGAUCCUGAAGAAACACUACAGUGUUGGCAGCAUCAAGCUCUUAAAAAUGUACUAUGAGAGGCAGUCCCUCCUCCAAGAGACUGAAAGGACAAAAGGGGAAUUGCAGAAGAGGGAGUUCCAGCAGUCCAAUGCAUCGGUGGAGAAGAUAAUCUUCCUGCAAAGCAGGCCUCGCCUGCCACAGACGGCUGCCCUGCUGAGCAGCUGCAUUGACGGCUACAUCUACGCCUGGUCCAUCUAUGGGUACGGAGGCCUGCUGGGGAAGUUCCGCGUGGACUCUGGAGGCCUUGGAGACGUGGUCGUGGGUGCCAUGGCCACUGACGAAAAUGACUGCAUUCUUGUCACGGGGGAUAGUAAAGGGUUCAUCAAGAUCUGGGACAUCGAUAAUUACUGCACAGUCACUGAUGGGCACUCAUCUCAACUCAGUGGAACAAACAAGUUCCAGUUCUUAAUUCCCAAACUGGUCCAGCCCAACCUCGAAUACAACAUCCCCUCGGACAAGAAGGAGGUCGUGGAUGGCCAGACCAUUUCCCUGGCUCCCCCCAUGCUUCUGGCGACCUGGAAGGGCCAUUUGGAUAGUGUGGCAGACAUCCUGUAUGUGGACAGCUAUGAGUUGGUGAUUAGUGCUGGCCACGACCGGGACAUCAAGGCUUGGAGACUCUCCGGCGAUGCCGUUGGGACAUUUGGCCUGAAAGUUUGGAGCCGGCUGAAGGAUGUCCAGAAUCUUGAUGACAAUGAACUACGUAAAAACUUAAAGAAAAAGAGUGAAUCCAUAUAUGCCUCCAAGAAGACCUAUUCAGGGCUGCCGGAGGAGCAGGAUUUUGCUGAGGCCCUGGUGUACCAGCGGCGGGAGGAGGUGGCACUCCUGGCUCUCCUGAAUGGAAAGGCAGACACGGAGGCAGAAGCUUGGGCCAAGCUGCAGAAGAUAACCCUGACGUCCCCAUGGGCUGGAGAGCGCUCCCUGAAGGAUAUUGAGAACACCUGGCACAAGUGGGAGUCCAAGGACAAGCAGGUGAGCAAAAUUCUGGGAGCGGCGUACAAGCCCAAGGAGCGGUUGCGGAGUCCUGGGCUCCUGUCCACCAAUGUGCAGUAUGGCCUGAUGAAGCACCAGAUCUCACCUCAGAUCUACCAAAACCUGUACUUCAAUGAACUGGCACCCACCCACCAGCCUGACUUCAUGAUACCUAAGGUCAUAGACCAGCAAGGCCGGCUGAUCCGCACGGUGACCCACAAUGUCUCGAGGGACCUGCAUCCCAGCAAGGAGACGGCCAGCAUGCACACUAACAUCUCCCUCUCUUCCUUGUUCUCAUCAGUCUCAGGCUCUGGGUUCCUGACCAGCAGGUUCACCCCCCCAGGACUCCAGUCCUCCUCUGCCUCGCAGCGGCCCUAGUCAGCCUCCAUGGCCCAGUCGGCCCACUCAGUCCUGUCCCAGGCAUCCAGGCACACCCUGCAGAGAUUGGCAAUGCCCACGCUGGUCGCCUCCUCCCUGAAGCAGGUCUCCCAGCCUCUGAAGGACGCCCUCUGUGCUCUGUGAAGAAGGGCUUUCACGUCAGGUGCUGAGGCAGCUCAGCCUUCUCUGCUGUCCUCUGGCAGGACGACCGGGUCCUGUCUGUCCCCUGCCAGGCCCAGAGGAUAAGCACUUCCCCUGGCUGUCCGCGCUCUGCCUGUGUGGUGACGUUGACCUUCUUCACCAGAGGCCUAGAAAAGAAAAUAAAUGUUCACAGAUG